AUGCAGCCCUUCAGUCCCAUCUUCCUCCUCCUCUUCCUCCUCAAUGGUCUGGGUUCCAAGGCAGCUCCCUCAGCCUCUCUGCCUGUGGACUCCCACCCCCAGGGGAUGAUCCAGCCCUCUAGGAUGCCCAUUGGUGCCCUAGAAAAUUCUACUAGAGAUGGGCCUACCCCAGGGUACCCUGCAACGGUUCUGCCUGAGCCCUCCAAGACACUGCCCUCAGCUCUCCAUCACAUCUCCAGGGGAAACCCAAGUGAGACCCCCAGCCCCAGCCUCUCAGAUGCUCCAGAGACCCCAAUGCCUGCCCAGCUCAUGACCUCAGUCACAGAACCCCAGGAGGCUUCACAUGCAGCACUGCCAGAAUCUCCUGAGACCCCCAAACCUGACCUGACUACAACUUCCCAGUCUGGAUCUCCUGACCCCUUCAAAGCUCCGCCCCCAGAACCUCCUGCAGCUAAACACACUGAUCCUGUGCCUACUAUACACCAAGACCUCCCUGAGAUCCCCAAAGGUACUCCCCAAAUCUUUCCAGGCGAAGGGCCUAAAGUACCAAGUCCUGGCCCCACCCAACCCCUCAGCCUCAGGUCCCUAGAGACCAAUGACCUUAGUACCUCCAGAACCUUAAACUCUGCCUCACCACCAACCACCAACCCUGGCCCCACAGAAACACCACAGUCACCCUUUCUCAUCACCCAGAAUUCCAACGCCACUGAUAGCCCCCAAACAGAGUUCCCCACAACCCUCAAACAAAAUGCAACAGAGAUAGCCGUGACCUCUGACCUGGAGGUCACCACUAGUCUCCCCACUCAGCCAACGACACCCUUCAGGGAGGAAGCCACCGUGCCUGGUGAGCCAGGCUUGAGUCCCAGCCCGGGAGCCCCUGCAGCCACCCAAGCUGGCAUCCCUGGCCUGUCCACCUCAGAUCCCCUAGGGACCAAAGAGCUGAACGCACCCCAGAACUCAGGCCCUAAAGGACCAAACAACCCUCCUCCCUCUGCACGGAUUGCAGGCCGUCCUGCUCCUCCACAACACCCCAACCAGGUAGCUCCUGGGGAGCCCCAGGCCCCUCAGAGACACAGCCGAGGAGAGACAGUCAAUACUAUCAUCCUGGUGGAACGAAUAAAGGACACUGGGGUGACUCUGGUCAGCCGCCCGCGAGGCUCCAUCAGCGGAGCCCUGUGCCUGUUCUUGGCGGGGACAGGGAUGCUGAUUGGUGUCUUCCUCCUGCUGUGGUGUCUGUACCGCCGAGCCUCCAGACACAGGUCCUUUGCACACCACAGGCUCCAGGACAGCGGAGAUGAGCCAGUACUGCAUCUGGACACCCCGAAGGACCCCUUGGACCUCUACUUCUAUGCCCCCGAUGCGUGGGUGCCCUCGCACAUCGCCACGCGGCAGCCACCUCCCACGCCUCCACUGCCGCCCAAGCUGCCCCCUCCACCCCGCGGGCCACAGCGCCUGGAGGCCCUGUCGCCCGCCGCGCUGUCCCCCAACUUCGUCUGAUUCCCGCAGCACUGCAGACCUAAUCCAGCUUCCAGG